CCAUGAUCCUCAGAUCUCAGCUUCCUGAAUAGCUAGGAUUACAGGCGUGAGCCAUUGGUGCCCAGCUACCUCCACGGUUUUUAUCAGCUUAUAAACCUCAGGCACAGUUCUUCCCCAAACGUAAUGUGUGCGUGCGCUGGAUUCUCCCAAUAUGGUCUUUCUGCUUCCGUAGGUACUUGCAGGCCCCUGAGAGAGUAGUGAAUGUAGCUCAGCUUUUGCCUAACCCCAGUCCUGGCCCUAACCCAGCCCUAAUGUCCUUGGUUUGUGCCAUACUAAGAAAGGCCUUCCUCUUUCAAAGUUAACUCUCAGCUUGCAUCAUAUUCUGGGCUUGGCUAUGGAUUUCUGCAGACUAGGCAGGGAGAUGCUAUUUCCUGAGUUGUGGCAUAUGUUCCUAGCAGCACUGGACCUGUCUGUCCCAGAAGGGAGCUUCUGAAAAGGGAGCAUUUCUGGACAUUUUGGGAACCAGAAAGAGUUUUCUGCAUCCUGCCUUCCCGGACAGGUGCUGGUGGCAGAGCCAGCGUUACCUCCUGAGUGACAAGGUAAGUCCCUGGCCUCAGCCUGUGUUCCUGUCUGUAUGAAAGGGGUAAGAUUGGACUGGGUAGCCAUCACAUUAGUUAGAGCCAGGUGAGGGAGUUUAUCACUUGGUAACAGCCAGGAGUACUGACAGCUCCAGCCUGUGCUGCAGGCAGCUUCGGCAAGUUAACCAAUGGGACAGAUGGACAGGACAGCGCUGGGAAGCCCACUGAAGGUUUGGCUUUUUACAGAGCAGCUAUGAAGUUGACAGAUAACGUCUCUCAAAGGUGUGGUAGCUGACCUUUCCUCAUCUCUCCCCAGAUCCUGCGUAUGCAACAUGACAAUGAGACAGAUCCGGAUAGCAGACCCCACUUCUUUGUGGGUCCUGCUUCUGUGUGCCCACACCAUCACUCCCCUGGCCCGAACCGCCUCAACCCCUGUGACCACCACAGCUGCCUCGGCCUCAGCUGGGACCACCAAGAAAGCCUGCCUCACCUGGCCCCCAGUGCGCCCACCAACUAAGCGGUGCCCAGCAUUGGAGGUGACCUGGCCAGAGACGGAAGUGCCACUGAGUAAGGAGCAACAGUGGGAGCCCAAGGAGCACAGAGUGUCGGAUGGAUCGCUGACCUUGUCCUGUACUGCCUGCAGCCGCUUUCCUCACUUCAGCAUCCUCUACUGGCUGGGCAAUGGUUCCUUUAUUGAGUACCUCCCGGGCCAGAUGAGAGAGGGCAGCACCAGCUACGAGCACAGGCGCACAAGCACUCAGCUUCAGAGGGACUUGGUGCUGGAGGAGCUGAGUCCUACCCUGCAAAGCACCAACUUCUCUUGUGUCUUUGCGGACCCUGGACAGGUCGCCCAGCGCUAUGUCAUCCUGGCUCAGCUCUGGGCCAAGCCGAGGACAGUGCCAGCCCCAUCACAAGGAGCCUUGCCCUCCAGCCGUCGCCCUGGGCUCCAGCUGCCCACAUCAGCAGGGCCCAGAAUCAGCACAGGGUCAACAACAGCACAGCCUUGAGCAGAGCCUGGGGCUCCUCGCUUGGAGGGUGAAGCCUCCACCUCCACUUAGCCCAUCCACUUUUCUAAUGCCCUACUCAGGACACUGCUUUCCUGCUAAGGACCCUCCAAGACCUGCCGACGCCCUGGCCCAGCACCCAAGGGCCUUGACAGCCCCUGCUGCACCUCUGCUCACGUGCUCCCUUGUCACCGUCUCAGCACGGGAGCCCUGAAGCCUGACGGAAAUGCCAAACAGCUCUGGACACA